AGUGUGGAGUCCAAAACGUUCGUUUGCUCUCUCGUGUUCUAGAACUCUCUCUCUCUCGCCGCGGCGAUCUCAAUGGAAGGCGAGCAGCUCCUCCACAUCCUGGCGGUGCCAUUCCCAGCGCAGAGCCACAUCUCCGCGCUGAUGCACCUCUGCAAGAGGAUCGCCGCUUGCCGCCCCCGCCAAGUUGCCAUCACCUUCGUCAACGUCGACAGCAUCCACGAGCAGAUGGCGCUGCGCUGGUCCGCCCCCGACCACGGCCUCCACAUCCGCCUCGCCUCCGUCCCCUUCCCCUGGAACAUCCCCAGCGGCUACGACGCCUACUGCGCGGCCAACAACGGCCUCUUCGCGGACACCCUCGAGAAGCUCCUCCCCCGCCUUCUCAAGUCGCUGGCGGCCAUCCAAGCCACCCCCGUGCGCUGCAUUCUCUCCGACUACUUCCUCCCGGCGACGCAGCACGUCGCGGACGAGCUCGGCGUCCCCCGCGUCGCGUUUUUGUCGGGCAACGCUUCCUGGGCCAGCAUCGAGUUCCAUAUCCCGGAGCUUUCCGCGAGAAAGCACGUUUUUGCACAAGAUCAGUCGGACUGCUUGAUCGAUUACAUUGGCGGCCUCCCUCCGAUUCUCAAGAGCGACCUUCCAGCGUAUCUUCAGAAGCACACAGACGAGCUCUGGAUCGAACGCGCGCAAACGAGGAGCCCGAGCAUACGUAAAGCGGCCUGGGUGCUCGUAAACUCGUUCUACCCGCUGGAAAGGCAACCCUUCGAUUUCAUGAGAGCACAACUCGGUGAGAAGUUUUUGCCAGUCGGUCCUCUCUCUUCCUCCGGAGACGCUAAAACCAGAACUAGUGAGAGUAACACCGAUACCGCGCUCCGGGCCGAGGACGCCGACUGCCUCUCUUGGCUGAGCACCAAGCCCAAGAGCUCGGUCCUCUACAUCUCCUUCGGCAGCAUCGCGGUUCUCACCCAGGCGCAGUUCUGGGAGCUCGCGGGAGCUCUCGACAGUUGCCGCGACGUUCCUUUCCUCUGGGUGGUGAGGCCCCAGCUCGUCAUAGGCGGCCUGGACGACGAGUCUUUCACCGCCUUUUGCCGGAGUGUUGGCGAUCGCGGACGAGUGAUAUCCUGGGCACCGCAGCUUCAAGUUCUCAAGCACCCUUCCACCGGCGGAUUCCUGACUCACUGCGGCUGGAACUCGAUGCUGGAGAGCAUCUCGGGCGGAGUCCCGAUGCUGGGGUGGCCUUGGGCCGGGGAGCAGAACACCAACUGCAGGCUCAUGGUUGACGAGUGGAAGAUUGGUGCCGAGCUUCCGGUGAAGAACACUGACUCGGUACCCCGGGAGGAGAUUGCACGAGUGAUUAAGCUCGUCAUGGACGGGAAGUCACGUCGAGCAGAGGAGAUAAGGACGAAAGUGGAGCAGCUGAAGGCUGCCACUGCCAAGGCCGUCGAGGACGCUGAUAGAAAUUUACUGGCGAUGCUGGAAGAACUCAGCUCUGUCGCUGUUGGGACUCCUGCCAAUGACAGCUUGUAAAAAGCUUUCGACAGCUCAAUAUAUACGCCGUACCUGUA